ACACAGUGCGCAUAACAAAAACAGAGCGACAUAUCGACAGUGUAAUUCAGUGUGUAUCAACAACCGGUUUUUAGUGUUGAGUUUGUAAAUUUUGUGAUAUUUCGUCGUGAUUUGUUUUUUUGUUUUGUUUAAAAUAGAAGACUUUUAACCAUUCCAUCAGAUUUUAGGAAUAUGCACGGUACCUUGUCUUCCAUUGACUCUUCAAGAUUAGCCGUUACGAUCGCAGUAGGAGUGGGUACAGCAACAGCUAUUGGGCUUGCCUACCUCUAUCGAAAAAAUUUAGAAAAUCUACCACCGAAAAGAUGGCGUAAGGUUGGCGAAAUAAGCGAUUUGAUUUGUUAUCCGGUAAAGUCAUGCGGAUCGAUUCGCUUAAAGACCGCUUUCUGUAAUGAAUUGUGCCUUGAAGAUGGACAUUUGCGUGACCGAGUAUUUAUGGCCAUCACGCCCGAGGGCCAGUUCAUUACAGCCCGUUCGCAACCAAAAUUGGUGCAAAUUCAGCCCCGCAUUGAGGGAAAUAAGAUGAUUCUAUCCGCACCGGGAAUGAUGGAUCACGAAAUUGAUUUCAAUCGUUUGCACACGAUAACACCGAUAAGGGUUACCGUUUGGCAGCAAUAUGUCAGUGCGGUUGAUUGUGGCGAAGAGACAGCAAAAUGGAUGUCCAGAUUUAUAUGCAGUGACGACAUUGGCAUCCGACUAAUGUUCUAUCCAGGUACGACACCGACGAGAGAGGUUCGUCCAAAAAAUCGACACUACAGUCUGCUCAAUACGGGUAAUUCGGGAGCGUUACACGAUGCGUCCAGUUACAUGAUGGUGAAUGAGGGAUCACUUGCUGAACUGAAUUCUCGAUUAGACGAAAAGGUAACGGCAGUUCAAUUUCGACCGAACUUUGUUGUUAAAGGACCUGUAGCAUUCGAAGAAGACUUGUGGAAAUGGGUGCGGAUCGGUGAAAAUGUAGUGUUUCGUAACGUGAAACCGUGUACCAGAUGUAUCUUUACCAACAUUGAUCCAGAAACAGCCGCCAGACAUAAAGAGCAGGAGCCAUUGAAAACAUUGAGAGAGUACCGAAUAAUCCGAGAAAAUGAGCCGCCUGCGUUUGGUAUUCAUAUAGCGGCAGUAAAGUUUGGAUCAGUAGCAGUGGGAGACUCGGUUUAUGUGGAAGACGAUCGAAAUUGAAUUCCGUCAGCGUGGGUGUACAGAUUGAAAUACGUUAAACGAAAUUGUCGGCAUAAAAGGGCGGAGCAAAUGGACCAUUCAGUUUUGAACUUUAAAAUUAGUUGAAAACUCGUUUUGUUACUCGCGUAAAUUUUGUAGAGUUUGGGAUUCGGUAAAAUAAAGGAAAAUCAAAUCGACUCU